GCCUCAACACGAUGUCACCGUAAAGGCCUGUUAACUCCGAAGUCUGUACGGAAGGCUCGGACACUUCACCUAGGUAACUGCUCUUGCGCAUACGAGGACUUCUCUUUCGUUUCCACCGUUGUCUCUCACUACUCUCUUAACUGUUACGCGUGUGUCACCGCGGACGUUGGCUGACGUGAUCGUUCAAACGCGCUCUGGGAGUGUGUAAUCGACUUUUUUCGAGCCGUAUAAGGCUCCUUAUUCCACUCCACUCUACCGUCUUCGACCAAGAGCCGUUCAGACUGUCACUCAUCAUGUGGGGAUCGAACGUCGACGAGAACAGGCUUCGCCGUAAUCCUAGCACUCAACCCUCAAACCAAUGGCAUACCGUGGGAGACCGGGCACCUGAUGCGGAACGCCAGCAUGCGCCGCACCACCCGACUGAAGAGGUAGAGGAGGGCCCGUUCGAUACCACUCGGAACCAGUCCGGAACCUGGGGCGAGCGAGAUGUUGGCGGCUUUGACGAAACCGAAGCGCGCGAGAACUUCCAGGAGCUUAGAAGGCACCUUACGGAACUGGCACGUACGCGGUCGAAGGAGUCGCAAACCCCUGGCUUGAAGAGAAGCGUCUCAGGCGCCAGCAGAAGAAGUAAGCAGCUGUCACGGCAAGCCACUCGUCAAACGACAACAUCACAACCUGGCGAAUCCGAGCUUGGCGAUGUCGAAGCCGGACCCGCACAGAAUGACCCUGAAGAUGCGUUUGAGCUCGACCAAUUCAUGCGAGAAGGUCACUUCGAGAAGCGCACAGAUGGCUCGUCAGCGAAGAAAGUCGGUGUCAUCUACAAGCACCUCACAGUCCAGGGCGUCGGCUCUGCCACCUCGUUUGUACGGACACUGCCCGAUGCUAUUAUUGGCACAUUCGGCCCGGAUCUUUAUCAUAUCAUAUGUAGCUACAUCCCAGCCUUGGCACCGAAGAAGGAACUGCGCACCCUCAUUAACGACUUUACUGGCUGCGUAAGGGAUGGAGAGAUGAUGCUGGUCCUUGGUCGACCUGGCGCUGGUUGUUCGACCUUCCUGAAGGCCAUCAGCAACAACCGAGAAUCCUUUGCCAAAGUGUCGGGUGACGUGUCGUAUGGCGGUAUACCCGCAGACAAACAGAAGAAGAUGUACCGAGGCGAGGUCAACUACAAUCAAGAGGAUGAUAUCCACUUUGCGAGUUUGACAGUCUGGCAGUCGUUCACAUUCGCGCUGAUGACCAAGACGAAGAAGAAGGCUCGAGAACAGAUUCCUAUUAUCGCCGACGCCUUGCUGAAGAUGUUCGGCAUCGCCCACACGAAGUACACCCUUGUCGGCGACGAAUAUACUCGCGGUGUUUCCGGUGGCGAAAGAAAGCGUGUUUCGAUUGCAGAGACACUUGCCUCGAAGUCCACCGUGGUCUGUUGGGACAACUCAACGAGAGGUCUCGACGCCUCGACUGCGCUCGACUACGCUCGCUCGCUCCGCAUCAUGACCGAUAUCUCUAACCGUACCACUCUAGUUACCCUUUACCAAGCUGGUGAAGGUAUCUAUGACCUUAUGGAUAAGGUUCUCGUGAUAGACCAAGGUCGCGAGAUCUUCAUGGGCCGUAAAGAAGAAGCGCGACAGUACUUCAUUGACCUAGGAUUCGAGGCACCGGAAAGACAGACCACAGCUGACUUCUUAACCGCUGUGACGGAUCCUGUCGAGCGCCGGUUUAGGCCCGGCUGUGAGAACAGCACACCAAAGACGCCGGAAGAGCUCGAGCGCGCAUUCCGCCAGUCUCCGCAAUAUCAGAAGGUCAUUGACGAUGUGAAGGACUAUGAAACGCAUCUUCAGCGUACAGACUACGAAGACGCACAACGCUUUGAAAGCGCAGUCCAAGAAGGCAAGUCGAAGCGCGUUUCGAAGAAGUCGCCAUAUACGGUCAGCUUCCCACGUCAAGUUAUGGCCUGCGUCAAGCGCGAGCUCUGGCUGCUCGCUGGCGACAGGACAACACUGUACACCAAGGCUUUCAUCAUCGUCUCCAACGGCCUGAUUGUAGGCUCUCUCUUCUAUGGCGAGCCGUUGAGCACCGAGGGAGCCUUCUCUCGGGGUGGUGCCGUGUUCUUCUCCAUCCUCUUCCUGGGUUGGCUGCAACUUUCCGAGCUCAUGAAGGCGGUGAGCGGUCGAGCAGUUGUCGCUCGCCAUCACGACUAUGCUUUCUACCGUCCGUCAGCCGUAAGCAUUGCUCGCGUAAUCACCGACUUUCCGAUCAUUGCGCCACAAGUCGCCGUCUUUGGCGUUAUCAUGUACUUCAUGUGCAACCUGGAUGUCAACGCUGGCAAAUUCUGGAUCUACAUGCUUUUCGUCUACCUCACGACCAUCUUGCUUACAUCGCUGUACCGCAUGUUCGCCGCCCUGAGUCCAGAGAUCGAUACAGCCGUUCGCUUCUCUGGCAUCGCGCUCAACUUGCUUGUUAUCUACACUGGCUACGUGAUCCCUAAGACGCAACUACUCAGCCGGUAUAUCUGGUUCGGUUGGCUGUACUGGGUUAAUCCGCUUUCGUACUCUUUCGAGGCUGUACUCGCUAAUGAGUUCUCCGGUCGAACCAUGCAGUGCGCAGCCGCUCAGCUGGUCCCGCAAGGUCCUGGUGUCGACCCGGCUUACCAAGGUUGCGCACUCAGCGGCGCCGAGGUGAACUCGAACUCGGUACCCGGAAGCUACUACCUUGCUCAAACGUACAACUACUCCCGGAGUCAUUUAUGGCGCAACUUCGGCGUAGUGAUCGCAUUCAUCGUGCUCUAUAUUCUCGUUACUGUCUUCGCAGCGGAGUCCUUCAACUUCGCCAAGUCCGGUGGCGGCGCUCUCGUCUUCAAGAAGUCCAAACGGGCGAAGAAGCAAGCUCAGAAGAUUGCUGCGCCUAAUGACGAAGAAAAGGCCGCCGCGGGCAGCGGUGAAAGUUCGAGCUCAGAGAAGAAGGAGACGGAUCUGGGCGAAGAUGAGGAAAAGGAAGAUGAGGCCCUUCAACAAAUUGUGAAGAGCGAGUCGAUCUUCACCUGGCGAAACGUCGAGUACACCGUACCCUACCUAGGUGGAGAGCGGAAGCUACUCAACAACGUCAAUGGCUAUGCUAAGCCAGGCGUAAUGGUUGCACUUAUGGGCGCUUCUGGUGCUGGGAAGACCACGCUCUUAAAUACCCUCUCGCAGCGCCAGUCCAUGGGUGUCGUCAGUGGCGAGAUGUUCGUGGACGGCAGACCGUUAGGACCCGAGUUCCAGCGUAAUACGGGAUUCUGCUUACAGGGCGACUUGCACGAUGGCACAGCUACCAUUCGCGAAGCUUUCGAGUUCUCGGCCAUUCUGAGACAGCCAGCCUCAACUCCACGUGCGGAGAAGAUCGCAUACGUCGAUCAGAUCAUCGAUCUGCUCGAGCUUAACGAUUUGCAGGAUGCCAUUAUUAGCAGCCUGGGCGUCGAGCAGCGCAAGCGUCUCACCAUCGGCGUCGAGUUGGCGGCCAAGCCUUCUUUGCUCCUCUUCUUGGACGAGCCGACGUCUGGCCUGGACUCGCAGUCAGCCUACUCGAUUGUGCGCUUCUUGAAGAAGUUGGCGCAUGCCGGACAGGCUAUUGUCUGCACAAUCCAUCAGCCAUCAUCUGUACUUAUCCAGCAAUUCGACAUGAUUCUCGCGCUCAACCCUGGCGGUAACUGCUUCUAUUUCGGCCCCGUAGGCGAGAACGGCAAGGACGUCAUUGAGUACUUUGCUCAGCGUGGCACAGUCUGUCCGCCUCAGAAGAACGUGGCGGAGUUCAUUCUCGAGACCGCUGCGAAACCUCACAAGCGUGCGGAUGGCACUCGCAUCGACUGGAAUGAGGAGUGGAAGAACAGCGAGGAAGCCAAGCAAGUCAUCGAGGAGAUUGAAGGCCUCAAGUUGACCCGUAGCAGAACCAUCCCGGAGAAGGUGCGCAAAGAGCAGCAGAGGGAGUUUGCUGCUGGCAUCUGGCUGCAAACCUCUGAGCUACUCAAGCGUACCUUCAAGCAGUAUUGGCGCGACCCAUCGUACCUCUACGGCAAGUUCUUCGUGUCCGUUAUUGUUGGCAUCUUCAACGGAUUCACUUUCUGGAAGCUGGGUUACAGCACGCAAGACAUGCAGGACCGGCUGUUUACUUCGUUCUUAAUUUUGACGAUCCCGCCAACCAUUGUCAAUGCCGUCGUGCCGAAGUUCUUCACGAACAUGGCACUUUGGCAGGCUCGAGAGUAUCCGUCCCGCAUUUACGGCUGGUUCGCGUUCACAACGGCGCAGGUGGUUGCCGAGAUCCCUCCUGCAAUCGUGGGAGGAGUGCUCUACUGGGCUUUCUGGUACUGGCCAACUGGCUUGCCUACAGAGGGCUCAGUAUCGGGCUACGUUUUCCUCAUGACGAUACUGUUCUUCCUGUUCCAGGCCAGCUGGGGCCAGUGGAUUUGCGCAUUUGCACCGUCCUUUACUGUCAUCAGCAACGUGCUGCCUUUCUUCUUCGUCAUGUUCUCCCUGUUCAACGGCGUGGUGCGCCCAUACAGCAUGCUGCCCGUUUUCUGGCGAUACUGGAUGUACUGGAUCAACCCAUCCACGUGGUGGAUCGGAGGCGUGCUCGCAGCAACACUACAUAACAUCCCCGUGCAAUGCACGUCAGACGAGACGGCCCACUUCAAUCCUCCUCCAGGCCAGACCUGCGGCUCCUACGCGGGCGCUUUUGCCGCUUCGGCUGGUGGCAACUUGCUCAACCCUACUGCGACUGCGGACUGCCAGUACUGCCAGUACAGCUCUGGGGAUCAGUAUCUGAGCUCACUCAACAUUAAUGCGGCGGACAAGUGGCGCGAUUUCGGCAUAUUCCUCAUCUUCGUUUUCACCAACUACUUCUUAGUGUACUUCUUCAUCUACAGUGUCCGGGUCAAGGGGUGGAGCUUUGGUUUCGGAUAUUUGUUUGGGGGUUUGGGCAAAGUUGCUGCGUUGAUUAAGAAACCAUUCCAAAGGUCGUCUGGGAAGAAGACGGCAGAGUAGUGGUUGCGGUCGGGACAGAAGGAUCUGUGUCUGUGCACUUUAGCGCGGAGCUUCGGAACGGCGAAGACGGAACUCUCCAGGAGCCCGUUGCUACUGAUGACAAAAUCAAUUGAUGCAAUACUCCAAGGUUCACCAAUGACGUGAAUAUGGUCUACCUUGAAUGCAUACACAGUCUGUACGAAGUGCUAGACGCUGUUGACCGCCUCAUGCCGCUUCAGAUUGUGGGUGGGAUUGCAGAAGCGAUUAGGUCGAUGUGCAGCCUCUGUAACUGUUGGACCAUU